GCUGCUCACUGUUUUAGCGCGUCAUCGAAAGCAACAUGGCGGCGCACAUUACCAGAGCUGUGAAAGGACUUGUUCCACAGGAGAGCGGUUGGCUCCUGCCCGCUGCCUGGCAGUUGUGUACCGAAGCAUUGCGUCAUCACUAUCACUCUGCAGGCCCCUCGCUGCGCUACAUACCCCGCAGGGCGGUUCUCUACUGCCCUGGCAAUGAUGAGCGAAAAUUGAGGAAACUAGCCUCGCUGGAUGUUGACUGUGCUGUCUUGGACUGUGAGGAUGGGGUAGCCCUCAGCAAAAAGACAGAGGCCAGGGAGACCAUUCCUAGGAUCUUGGCGGAACUGGACCUGGGCCGCACAGAGAAGUGUGUCAGGGUGAAUUCAGUGUCCAGUGGCUUAGCUGAGGCUGACCUGGAGGUCAUCUUGCAGGCUGAGGUUCUCCCUCCUGCCAUCAUGUUGCCCAAAGUGGAGGACACGCAGGAGGUGCAAUGGUUUGUUGACAGGUUUCAGCACAACUUGAAAGGACAGCCACUGACAGAACCCAUUCGCCUAGUCACCUUUGUGGAAACCGCUGUGGGCCUGCUCAAUUUUAAGGCAGUGUGUGAGGAAAUCCGUCGACUUGCUCCCAAGGCUGGUCUCCUCCAUGAUGGCGUGGUGUUUGGCUCUGAUGACUUCUGUGCCAGCAUAGGUGCCACACGAACUAAAGACGCCAUGGAGCUACUUUACGCGAGGCAGAAGGUGGUUGUGACCACCAAAGCGUUUGGGCUGCAGGCCAUCGACCUGGUCUACAUUGACUACAAAGAUGUGAAGGGGCUGAGGCGACAGGCCAGAGAGGGAGCUCUCAUGGGCUUCACAGGUAAGCAGGUUAUCCACCCAGGGCAGAUCCAGGCAGUGCAGGAAGAGUUCUCUCCCAGUCAAGACAGAGUCCAGUGGGCAAAAGAGCUCAUUGCUGCUUUUGACCAACACCAGAAGGAGGGAAAGGGUGCGUUCACCUUCUGUGGCAGCAUGAUUGACAUGCCCUCGGUGAAGCAGGCACAGAACAUCAUAACGCUCUCCGCCGUGGUGCCAGAGAAAUAACACUAGUGAGGAGAAAUGUGAGGAACCACACGUCUAAACCCUGACAGGAAAGGUCAAAGGAAACUGGACGUGUUGCAGGUUUCAGGACAAAAAUAGCUCUUGAAAAUCUUAGGAACUGUUGCCUGAUAGUGUAAAUUGUGGUUUGUUUUAAAUGUAAGUUUAUUAAAAAUUGUUCAAAUGUUUUGACUGUCAUGGCUUUUGGGGUGAAGUUUUACUUUUGCUGAAUAGGUCCAGUUUAUGUUUAAAUAUAACCUCAGAUUUUUUCAGCGAUAUAAAAUCUGCACGUGGCAAGGAGCAUCAGCAGAUAUCUGCAUCUUAAAAACUGAGUGUCGAGGAUUAUUGCUCUUUGUGGGCACUUUCUUGGCACACUUCAGUGCGUGCACCAUCAGGCCAUUCUCCAGUGUGCGUUCCCAUGCCUUCCAUCUCUCCUAGGUCAUGAUGAAUGCUCUCCUAUCUCCACCGUCCAAGCUGCUGGGCAAAAGGGUAAACAAACACAACAAGCCACAUUUUUGGAUCUUUUCAUUAGGCCCCAGUCUUCCAGUCAGGCCUCAGUCCCCUCCCCAGGGCCUGACUGACAAACAUCAAAGUCUUGCUCGCUUAAAAAAAUCGCAGAUGGAUGUGCGUAAGCUCACGAUUUAGCUUUUUUGUGUCCGUCUCCUUAGUGAAGACACGCAGCUUGCUCUGUGGCAGCUUGUGAGCCUGUGGUCUUGAUGGAGAAGGCGUGUGGCGUCAGACACGCCAUGACCUGUACGAAAAAUAAACACUGCAUACAUGCACAUGCUGCGGCAGUAUUCUUCACCUGAUCUCUUAUUUAACACAGAGUUUAGCUCAGAUUUUCAGAUAUUGUUUCUAGGUGAAGUUCACCUUUUUUUCAGCAUCUUCAAAAACGAUUUAACUUAUCCACAGUUAUAAAUUGUCACAUUUCUAAAAAAAAUCCCCCAAACUCCCAAACAAGUUCAGUAAAGUCAUUUGUUGUAUUGUCACAAAUAAAAAGCUGGUGCACAUCUGACAUCCAGAGACAGUGAAGUGGGUGUGAUGUUAGAGUGAGACAGAUUAGUGGCCAUGUUGCUCCAGCAGACCAGGACCGAGGCUUUGUCUCUCUGACUGUGGAUGGGAGGAUAAUUGGGGGGGAGUUGAAUGGUUAAUAGUGCCAUUGGUGACCAUGGUAAUGAAAGGCACCAUACCCCACCUCAUCCACACAUCUCUCUCUCUCCCUCUCUCUCUCAUACUGUAUGAGCUAUUGUGUCUGGGGCAGGACUGUGGUCUGUGCCAGGCCAGACAAAAAGAUCGAAACCACUCCUGCACCCAGCCAAAGACCCAAACAGUAAGCUGUCUCUUUGGCAUUUGGCCACAUAUUUCUCGCACCGCUGGUUCACUUUUUUUGCCGGGAAUUCACAUUCAGCUUGUUUGUUUGUUUUCACCCAAUCUACUAUUAUACCAUGAGGUUGGUGGACAAAACUGCUAUUAUGUAUGACUUUCAUUAAAUAAAUCCGCACACAUGAUUUGGGAAGAGCCAUUUUGUGAGGCUUUGCAGAGCUUUAAAAAACAUGUUGGACAAGAUAUCUCUUGAACUCGGUCAACUUAAAUGGUAUAACAUAUAAAGGAGAAGUUUCUUCUUGUGAGUAGCCUAGUGAUCACUGAAAUCAUAAUGUAUCUUGCUUUUGUAUUAUGUCAUUAAAAUGGGCUAUGUGGAUCAAACUUAGAGAUACUUUUUAAACUUUCUUCAGUUUAUCAUUUGUUGCAGCCAAGUCUUGUUGCAAUCCUAUCUGAAAUGAAUGCAGAAAAAGUUGCAGAAUGAAAAUCGACUUUGGUUCUUGUAUGCUAAGUUAAAGUGCAGGCAAAUGUGUCCCUUUACCUGUUAAAACAAUAAAAUACAAAUAAAGAUCUGUUCCUAACGGUU